AUAUGUCAUAACAUCUUAAUUCAUUCAGUUACUAAUCAUGAAUAUGAACAUAACCUAAAAAGUAAUAAGAAACUAGUUUUUUAAAAGGUACUCUAUUCUCUAAAUUCUAAUUUCUCAAUGAAUUUAUAUGUACAUCCAACAUGGAAUUAAGUGUAUUAGAACAAACUGACACGAAACAAAAUAAUAGGCUUUCAACUUUUGGUAAAACACUUAUAUACGCCACUGGGGGUCUAGCAGUUAGUGUCAGUGUUAUUUGUAUACCAUUUAUUUCGCCAGCUUUUAGAAAAGUAUGCCUUCCAUAUGUUCCUGCAACUACAGAACAAUUGCUAGGAGUCACAAGGGCAUUAAAGGGUUGCACUGGGAAUUUAUUAGAUGUUGGUUCAGGUGAUGGCCGAAUUGUUUUCACAGCGGCAAAAUUGGGAUUUAAAGCACAUGGAGUGGAACUAAAUACAGUGUUAGUAUGUUACUCCCGUAUGGCAGCACUCUUUAACCAUCAGUAUAAAAAUACAAGAUUUUUUAAGAAAAAUCUUUGGAGUUUUGAUUUAAAACCUUAUAAUAAUAUAGUGAUAUUUGGAGUUGAACAGAUGAUGCAAGAAUUUGAGAAAAAGGUUAUACAGGAAGUAAAUAAUGGAACUGUUAUUGUUGCAUGCAGAUUUCCUUUACCAAACAUGGUGCCAAUAGAAACAAUAGGUCAUGGUGUUGAUACUGUGUGGAAAUAUAUUAUCAAAAGAUAAAAUAUAUACUUUUAAUUAAGUCUUAGAAACUAGAUAAUAUAUAUUUAUUUAAAAUC